AUGCGAAUCAAGCAGCUCGCAGCACAAUUUGCUUUGCUGACUUGCUUAGCCGGUGUCAAUGCUACUCCAGCGACAGAGGGGUCUUCUUCUGUUGUGCCCGACUACGUGCUUAUUGAAACUAAGCAAAUGGUGGAAGUCAUGCUACAGAACGGCUCUUACCGAGAAGACAACGUCGUUGAUCGGAGCACUCUCAAGAAGCGCGCCGAUACCCAUUAUAUCAGGUUUGACAAAAACGAUCCGACGGACAGAAAACAUAUACAGCAGCUUGAGCAAGGCAAAAAAGACGCCAUCCAUCUCGCAGCCUGGAUGGCAAAUAAAUGGGACAAUGCGGUCGGUUCUGGCAUCUACGGACACUACUUCCCAACUGCAGACAAGGAUAAGGUGGUGAAAGUCUACCAAAAUAUAUAUGGAGGGAGUGUCAAUACAGGCUCUGUGAAUUUGCUCUGGGUAUUCUGGUAUACAGUCGCCGAGGUCAGCGGCCAAGAGCAAAUACAGAAAUUUGCAAUAGCGCACGCGUGUCCCCAAGCCUACGAGUUGCCCGAAAUUAAGGAUGUGUCAUGCGAGGAGCUGGAUGAGGAGGUCGGCGGUGAGAUGAUGGUUCUCGGCUCAGUUCUGCUGCACGAAUACACCCAUUUCAAGCUCAUUGGCGAGCCGGCAAUCGGACAACAUAUUACAGACGUUAAGGACAAAAAUGACAAAGCUAUCGGGUACGGAGCACUAGCCACGCGCAAACUCACCGAUGCCCAAAAAACGAUCAAUGCGGACAAUUACCACUGGCUGGCGCUUGAGUAUUACUGGACGACGACAUGUGGCAAGACGUUCGAGGAGCCUACGGAGAACAUCUGCGCUCCUGGUUCUUGUGUUAUUCAGUGA